AUGUUGCCCACGCUCCUCGUGCCUGCCCUCCUCGCCUCGAGCGCGUUCGCAGCCACCGCAGAGCAAUGGCAGAACAGGACCAUCUACCAGCUUGUUACGGAUCGCUUUGCCGUCGAGGGUGACUCCGGUCCUUCCUGCGAUACCUCGAAGAAGACCUACUGCGGAGGCACCUGGAAAGGCAUCAUCUCCAAGCUGGACUACAUCCAGGGUAUGGGCUUUGACGCCGUUUGGAUCUCUCCCGUCACCAAGAACGUGGAGGGAGAAACAUCGCAGGGCUACGCAUACCACGGAUACUGGCCCACCUCCCUCUACGACCUGAACUCCAACUAUGGCUCCGCCGACGACCUCAAGUCCUUGUCCUCCGCUCUCCACGAGCGCGGCAUGUACCUCAUGCUCGACGUUGUCGUCAACCAUAUGGUCGCGACCACGAACCCCCCGGACUUCUCCAAGUUCGCCCCCUUCGCCUCCCAGUCGCAGUUCCACCCCGAGUGCUGGAUCUCGAACUAUGCCAACCAGACGGACGUCGAGCAGUGCUGGCUCGGCGACUCCGGGCUCCCACUUGCGGACCUGAACACAGAGGACGACUCGAUCGUGAGCACGAUGAACGAUUGGGUCAAGGGGCUCGUGGGGAACUACAGCGCCGACGGCAUUCGCAUCGACACCGUCAAGCACGUGCGCAAGGACUUCUGGCCGAACUUCGCGAGUUCCGCCGGGGUCUUCGCGAUGGGCGAGGUGUUGUCUAACGAGACCGAUUACGUAUCCCCCUACACCCAGGUCCUUGAUGGCGUGCUCGACUAUCCCAUGUGGUUCCCCCUCGUUGCAGCGUUCCAGACCUCCUUCGGCAACCUGUCUCUUCUCGCCCAGACGUUCACAACGUCCCAGUCUUCGUACAAGAACGCUCAGUUCCACUCGGGUUCCUUCCUCGAGAACCAGGACCAACCCCGCUUCCAGUCGCUCGCUACGGAUCAGUCGCUCGUCAAGAACGCGAUGGCUUGGCCCUUCAUCCAGGACGGUAUCCCCAUCCUCUACUACGGCCAGGAGCAAUCUUACGCGGGUGGCUCUGACCCCUCGAACCGUGAGGCCCUUUGGCUCUCGAGCUACUUCACCGACAAGCCGCUCGUCACGCACGUCAAGGCGCUGAACGGCGCUCGCAAGGCCGCCAUUGCAGCGAACGGCAACUUCCUCUCGACCAAGACCCAGAUUCUGUCCUCGACCACGGACUCGAUGGCCGUCUCGAAGGCGCCCCUCCUUUCGUGUUCACCAACAAGGGCAACAGCUCCUCCUGCAAACGAGGUCCUCGUCGACGUGCUCAGUUGCAACACCGUCACCGCCGACAGCAAGGGCGCUAUAUCCGCGAGCAACUCCAACGGCGAGCCCAUGGUGUUCGUCCCCGCCUCCGCGCUCACGAAGGGCGGCGCCCUCUGCGGCAGCGUUGCCACGGGCAGCACGACCUCGACUCAAGGUGGCAAAACCUCUGGGGCACGCCCCACCGCGGGGUCGGAUGGCGCCUUCGCGUGGGCCGUUAUCGCCGCGCUGUUCGUCAUCGCAAGCGGCUCGAGCUUGGUUGUCGGCUGA